AUGUACCUCGAGCUGGUGUACCACCUGCCCGUGAGCGUGUGGUUCGUGUGGAACAUCCCGAAAGAUCAUCCACUCGUCCCACUGAACCUCCUGAUCUUCGCGCUCGAAACGGCCGUCACGACCUUGACCUGCCUCGUCGACACGGCGGAUUGGGCGGGCUAUUCCGCGAGCCAGCGGCAGGGCAUCUACUCGCUGUAUCUGCCAUAUUUGAUUCUCGCCGUCGGCAUGGGUCUGGAUGCGUACUUCCGAGUCAAGGCGCAGAUUCUGCGGACGGCGAAGGCGGGUGUUGGCGCUUCUGCUGGAGACGGUAAGGCUAAGCGAACUUGA